AUGGCUGCACCACUCCAGCGUCAGGCAGCACCAUGUUUCCCUAUAUACACCUGUCCGCCAGGGACUAGAAUGCAUAUCCUCAACCUGGGCACAUUGAACGUGGACGAUGCAUGGAUUCUCCUCGGAGCGAAUGGAAGUUCGACGAGCAAUCCAAAUCCCACACACAAGCGGACAGACUUGAUGCUGAUUGCCGGACUUAUAAACCAUCCGGAGUUGGGGUUGAUACUAUUUGAGACGGGAAGUGCUGAGGACGUACAGAGGCAAUGGAGCGCAGACGCAGUGGACCUAUUCCCGCGGACUCGAUACGAAGAAUGCCAUCACCUACCAACUGCCAUUAAGGCCGCCGGGUACGAUAUCAAAGAUGUGAGGGCGGUUGUUAUGGGCCAUUUGCAUCUAGACCAUGCCGGCGGGCUGGAGCACUUUCAGAACACCGGAGUGCCGAUAUACGUACAUGAGGAAGAAUUCAAGCACGCUUGCUGGGCUGCUGGAACCAACUCGGAUGGUGGACUGUACCUAUCUGACUAUCUCAAGUUGGAUAACACUUUGAACUGGCAAACGUUCAACGAUACACAGCUGGAUCUGUGCACCGGGAUUACCCUCUAUCACUGUCCAGGACAUACACCGGGACUCUGUAUUAUGCAGGUUAACCUUUCUCAGGACGGGACAUUUAUCUGGACUACCGACCAGUACCAUGUCCGAGAAAACUAUGAGCUAGAUCACGCCCAUGGCUGGCUUUUGAGAGACUAUCGGAAAUGGAAGGACAGUGGGAAGUUCAUCCGCCGACUGCAGAGGUUGUUCUCAGCUCGCCUGAUAUUCGGACAUGACUAUGCGACAGCAGAGGCGCUUAUCAACGAAAGACCAGCCAACGUGGGAUUCUGUUAG